UGUAUUUCUAUCCUAUGCAUUGACAACCGUAUUCAUUCAUUCAUACAGGCGUAUAGAAAUCGAAAAGUGCUACUUUGUGGCGGAUAGCUCCGCAGAUCCACGGCUCCAUCGCGGGACCUGAACAAGAUGCAUAGGCAUCCAUCCGUGGUUGGGUAACGAAAACAUGUCAGCGCCCACAGACGACCACGAUAAGGAGAGUCGGUCGAACGCAUAACAAAAUAUGGCCAGUGCUAAUUGCCCUCCCAGCAGCUGCUCCACCAGGUCCAACCGAGAUCCGUCUGCAUCCCAUCGAACACGCCAGUUCUUUCCGUCUGAGUGCGCCGCAAUCUCCGAUCGCAAUUUAUAAAAGCUCUGCCCGCCCAGCGAUUUCGCUGCAGUAGCAUCUUCAGAUUGUCGGCAAGUGGACGUGGAUAUUAGCCAACGAAGAUCAACACUUAAGAUCAGGACUCUGGAUACUCGCAUUUGUCAGCAAGGACUUCACAAUGAAGCGUCUCGAGUGGCUGCUGCUCCUGGCGUUGGUAGCCUCCGUCUCAACGGCAGUGACUCCGAGGAGAAGGCGACACAGCGCGGUGGAAUCCGCAACUGCCUCCAAUCUUGGUGAUUGGGGAUCAGCCUGGGGCUUUGGUCCCGAGAUGGCACUCGUGAGGAGGGUUUACGACGAUUGCCAAGACAAGAACGACUUCAUUGGCUGCCUAAAACAGAAAGCCCUUCAUGCUCUCACUCGAGCUCUGGACCAGGACUCUAUCAAGAUAGUGAAUGGUCUGGCGCUGGAGAAGCAAAACCAGAGCGAAACGGAGAGCAUAUUGGGCUCCCUGACGGAUGCCCGUCAAUUUGGCAACCUGUCACCCAUCGAUAGAGCCCUUCUCUCCAAGGCGGACAAGCUGAUGCGGACGCACACGCUCAAAAUCGACAUGGACGCAGGCGGCGGAGAGGAUAGUGUGGGUCGUGGCCACGAGCAUGGGCACAAGAAAAAGAAGCACAAGGAGGGGGGCCACAUCAAGUACGUGGUGGCUGCCCUCCUCACCGCCAUGGGCAUCGCUGGUCCAUUGGGUCUGAAGGCUCUGGCCGCGAUCGCCGGCAAGGCUCUGGUCAUUAGCAAGGUGGCCCUGACCAUUGCCGGGAUUAUUGCGCUCAAAAAGCUCUUCUCGCACGACCACAGCGAGGAGACCAGCUUCCAGGUGCACGCCGGUGAACAUAACAGACGCAACACUUACGUGAUCCGGCCGGUGUCCAAGACGAGUGCUGGGGCAGGAGCCGGUGGCGUGGGCGUGACCGCCGCCGGUGGCAGCUCCUCGGUGGAUCCGUAUCGCUACUACUACGAAUACCACCAGCAGUAACGCGUGUGCGCGCAGUGGCGAUAGUGGUGUCUGGAGAAAUCUCCGCCGUUUUGCGGCGCCGGAGUCUUGAUGCAGCUAGACUACCAAAGAAACGAUCCACACAUCCAGUCGGACCAAUUGGAGUCCGACAGCAGCCGUUCACCUUAAUGUAGCUCCUAAGUUGUAGGCUAAUUUUUUAUGCAGUUGCGCGAACCCUGAGAAUGAAGCCCAUAUAAUAAACGAUAUCGAAAUGUACUCCUA